AUGGGGGGCAAACAUAGCCAUCACGAUCACCAUCAGCAGCAGCAGGAUCAGUGCAGUAGUGAGCAACCGCCGCGGAAAGCCCCGAAGCAGCCUAAGCCAGCGAAGCAAAGGAAAGCGAAAGGGAAAUCGAAAUCGAAACGUAAUCGCCCGUCCACGUCGACGCUGAGCUAUCUGAACGAUCUGCCCACGGACGACGGUACGACGAGCGCCAUCUGGGCGGAGGUAGCAGCCGAUGAGCAGCAUCGCUCACUGCUGGACGACGUGACCAAGCGUAACAACGGCCGAGGCGUGGGCCUAGAGGCCGCCGACAACGGCGACGACGACGACGAAAGUGCAACAAGUUCCGUUACCAUUACGAUUUGCAUGCUGAAAAUGGAAACGAAUGCAGCAGACGACGAAAUGACGGCCGGCGACAGUCGGACCGGAGGUGAAGCACUGCUGGAGGUGGUGGCACCGCCGGCGGAGGAAGAGGUGGCACGGUCAUCGCCGACACCGCCACUGCCCGUGGCGAUCGCCACGACCCCCACACCGGUCGGUGAGCUACUGACGACCAUGGCGGGUCCGCGGUGCGGUUGCUUCGAGGGAAGCAAUUGUGGUCUGGUGGCCGCUGCCGUCGCGCCGAUCACAGCGACGACGACGACGAGUGCCGUAACACGGCCGACGGUGACGUCGGGCCCAACACCGACCGUCAAGUGUAGCUGCAAUUGCAACGCCCUACCGAUGGCCCUCGGCGGCACCAGCACCAGCGCGAUCGACAACCGGCUCAACAACAACAACGAGCUGUCCGGGGGGCUUACUGCCACCCCUGGUUCGGUGACAACAGCACCUCCGACAACGAUCGCGACAGCCACAGCGUUGGCGGUUUGGUCUUCCAAUGCGGCGACCGCUGGUGGAGGAUCGCCUUCGCGGUACAACCUCUUGUUUCAACCGCAUCUGCACCAUCAUCACCACCAUCAUCACCAUCAUCACCACCAUCACCACUUGAUGCACCAUCUGCAUCACCUGCAUCAUUUGCACCACCUUCAUCACGAGGAUCGGGACGCCAUCAGCGCGGAUCACGUCCUGCGCCACCAGUGGACUCCGACGACCACCGCCGACAGCGUCAAUCUGCCCCAGGUUGCCCAGCCUGUUACGGCCGCCCCUGCGACCCUUCUCGAUAUCGACGGGAAGGACAAGCUCGAAGGGCUGUCGCGGUACGGCAACAACAACCACGGCGACGGACCAGCAGUAGCAGCGUCCAGCAGCAGCAGCAGCAGCAGCAGCAGCAGUAGUGUGGCGGAGCAUCCGUACAGUGCCGGUGAGUGUCCGACGUGCUGUGCCAUGGCCCUAGCGGCCUCCGUUUCGGGACAGACCGGGGUCACCGGGACCGGAAACAACCUGGCCACGUCGGCUUCCGCCAGCACCACCGAGCGCAUCUACAACGGCAACGUCGGCGAGGUGGAGGAGAAAAUUCUCAACACCUCCAACCAGCCGGCGGCGGCGACGGCGGAGGUGAUUGCGGUGGAUGUGGCCACUGCAGGUGCAAGUGCAGCUCCCCCUGCAGUCGAACCUUCCUCAUCUGAGGUAGCAUCCUCGGCAGCGGUAUCGCAACAGCAGGCGGCCACUUCUUCGUCCUCCGACGGGUUGAGGGCGGAGGCGGCGGAGGGCAAUUCCUCGAACCCGGCAGCAACAACAACACGGACGGGUACAGCAGCGGUGCUGGAUGCUGCUGCUGCCGUUGCUGCUGCGUCUUCGUCGGUAUCACCGAGCUCGGCAAACUUACCGACCGACAGUUCGCCAACGACCACGGCCGCUGUCGGUGCAGCUGAGGCAGCAACAACAGCUCCGGUAACACCUGGACCGUGCUGUCGUAAGCAAUCGACGUCCGCCGCGGCCACCCUGUUCAGUUCCUUAUCGCUCUCCGGGCGUCGAUCACGCGGCAGCCAAAGUGCUGGGCAAACAGGCUCGACAGGACCGUGCCGCUGCCAGAGCAACGAUCAGGUCCCAGCAGCGGAUCAGCAGCAGCAGCAGCAACGAUCGUUUGCAACCUGGAUUUCCGGUGGUCGUAACGCAAACGGUGCCGCUGCCAGCAAGGGUAGCAAUGACAACGGCAACGGCAAACCGAAGAAGGGCAAUUGGCGUGUGUCCCUAAACUGUAGCAUCCUCCGUGGUGGUGGCGCCGGAGCGGCUGGCAAAUCGUCAUCAUCCACUCCAUCAUCACCGCUUGCCACAACCACAGACGGUGGUAACGUUGCGGUCAAAGGAUCUUCAGGAUCACCGGCAGCGACCACCGUCCCAUCGGCGGCAACAACCGUUGCUGCAACGCCUUUCAGUGCCCAAAACAGUAUUGCUUCGGCGGCGACGACCGCUAGUGGUGCUGCCUCGUCUUCCCAUCGUGGACCGACCUCACUGCUGGCGUCGAGCGUAACCGCUAAGCUGCUCAAGGGCGAAUCCGAUAAGGAGGACUCCUGCGUUUGUACGGCGUACCGGAAGAUGAGCGAAUCACCGCCACCACCAGCAUCAACAGCAGCACCACCGCAAGCGGUUGUCGAUAUGGCGGCCGCCGAUCUUAGCGUUGCGCCCAGCAACACCUGGAUCACGAGUCCGGUGCUGCGGGCGACCAGCGGUGGCACUAUGACCACCUUGCGACCCGGUUCUAUGACAGUGCCACCGGGUCAGCCGCGACUCGUCGUUGGAACGACGGACCGAACCGUGGGUUCGAUUGUCGGGAGCGUCAGUAAUGAUGCCGUUCCGUCGGCGCUAAUGCACAACCACCAUCAUCACCACGCGCUGGCCACGGCCGCUGCGAUGGCCGAUGGUCAUCCGCGGUUCUUCUUCCCGGUGACGGCCACAACAGCAGCCGGAGCGCAACCCGUCCACCAUCAUCACCAUCACGGCGGGCGCGGUGGUCCGCAACCGCUCAUCCUGGUGUCCGCCUCCGCCGGUGUGUUCGAUCUCGGAAGUGACGAGUUCUCGCUCGAGGAUUGCGACGAACGGGCACGGAUACAGCGUGAGCUGGAGAUCCGUGAGGGGGUCGACGCACCACCCAACUUCCACACCCGGCGGCUCACGUCGGGCCCGGGCGCUAACCACCCGAUUGCGUUCCUGUGCACCCGAGACCUGCUCCAGCGGAGUCUGCUGCUGGCGAACAAUUUCUUCCAUCCGGACGAUUCGAUCGCCGGCGGCGGCAUCGGCGGUGCCGGUGCGGUCGGCGGAAUUCCCGGUAGCGUCGUUGGGGGGCUCCACUCGCGGAUACACUCGCAGGUGGACUUCAUCCACUGCCUGGUGCCGGACCUGCAGAAGAUUACGAGCUGCAGCUUCUACUGGGGCAAGAUGGACCGGUACGAGGCCGAGCGGCUGCUGGAGGGCAAACCGGAGGGAACGUUCCUGUUGCGCGAUUCCGCCCAGGAGGAGUUUCUGUUUUCCGUGUCCUUCCGGAAGUACAACCGCUCGCUGCACGCCCGGAUCGAGCAGUUCAAUCACAAAUUCAGCUUUGAUUCUCGCGAUCCGGGCGUUUACACGGCCUCGACGGUGACCGGGCUGCUGGAGCACUACAAGGACCCGUCCUGUGUGAUGUUCUUCGAGCCGAUGCUGACGUUCCCGUUGAACCGCAACUUCAGUUUCAGCCUGCAGCAGCUGUGCCGGGCGGCGAUCGUGAGCAACACGACGUACGACGGCAUCAACGAGCUCGCGUUACCAAAGUCUCUGAAGGCGUACCUGAAGGAGUACCACUACCGGCAGCGGGUCCGCCUGCGGCCACUGGACGAGCACCUCUACUCCAACGCGUAGCCGCUCGACGGUGGUUGCUGUUGUGGCGGAGGCCGAAUGGACAGAUGGGCAGAUGGUUGGGAUGAGGAAGAGGACGAGCAGCAGCAGGGGGACGUGACACCGUCGUUCAUGAACACCGCGGGAUGUCGUGUUGUUUAUUGCCGUUACAAGCACCUACCAACCACCGGAAACGAACCACAUUCGGUGAACGGUGGCAUUCCGUCGGUCGCGCAAACAAACGUGACAACCGUUACUACAGGGCAAAGUGUUGGUGUCGAUGGUCGCAGUAAGCGUCGAGCGAACCGAGCAUUACUACGCGCCCGUUGGCGGCGACAGCACAGUGGAAGCAGUGAACCUUCGUCACCGCUGGCCUCGACCCGGGCACGGUCCCGUUGGUCGAUUGUCCUGAAGCGGUUCCUUAAGCGCCACCGACGACGGCGAGCAGCUCCUUCGUCAGCCGCCAUCCAGGAGGGCUAGGAUUACUACGCACACAGCCUACUCUGCCAGUGAAGUGUGUAGUUAGUGACAAUCGUCAGUGUGUAGUGUUGCCCAUCCGUGUUUGUGUUUUUGUGGAGCACUGUAACCGCCCUUGCCCUGGCGAAGGAGAAGAUGGUGGCCGCGUCACCCCCUGUUGAUGGGAGUCUCCAUCGCGUGUACAAUUAGUAAAUUAUGUUCCAUUCCAUCCUUGUCUCCUUUCUGCAUGCGAGAUCCUGCUCUAUAGGCCUAUAAGAGUUCCAAUAUCAGUAUUUUAGUUUGACACCCGGACACGAUUGUAAAAAGGAAAAGCAGUUUAGAUGUAAAAAGCGCGGGAAACCGAAGCGACCCUGCGCGACCUUUGCCCAGUUUCGGUUUCGUUUCUCGGGUGGCGUUCGAAUACUCUGAUCUGCAGAGAGGCGAAGGAACCAGAGAGCGCACGACCGGCGCCUAGCCCGCGGGGUCGUGUGCGCGUAUUUAGGUGUAAGCGGAGGGGCCGAAUCUAGUGAAAUUGUAUUGUUCGAAUUGUGCAUAUUUUAGACCCAAUAUUCGUAUUUAUCACAACCCCAGGGGGCCCCAGGAGUAUAGAAUCCCCUCUCUGACUAAUUGUAAGAUAGCAAAAAGCAACGCGGACACAUUUUGUUCCCGAUAUUUCCCCAUUUAGUCUGUACAUUUCGCGCUUCUUGCGAUUCCCUCUCUCUCUUCGUUAGCGUUUUUCCGUUUAGUUGCGGGUUUCGCUCGCCCCGGAACCGUUUGUUGGAAUGAUAUAAAAAAUGCUGCCUGCCUGUCGGGCGGAGAGAUGAAUGAGAGAGCAAUAGUGAAAUGCGGAGUUGAAAUGCGGGCAAGACACGCUACAUAAAAUGUAAGAAAAACCAUUACUCACCAUCAUCCUAAGAGAGGUCCCCUUUACGCGAAGAAACGUGUGGCCACACCGCAACCACUCUGCACCGCACAAAGAGAAGCGUGUAGCGCGGUGAAAGGUAACUAAAAGUAAUACCGCGACCGCGCAACCUCCACCCCGGAUGUGGGACACAACACACAAAAGUUGUUCUAAAUCACGAGUCUGAAUCAAACUUUUACCGGAAGUGCGCGCCGCGUGUUGUGCGAGGUUUAUUAGUGUGUGUGGCCAAGGACUGGAGUCUGUACUCUAGCUUCCGAUUGAAGCAACCACCGCCACAGGUAUUUCGUUGUUUUCUAUUGUAUUUCGUUUGUUGUGGCUUUAAAACUGGGUGGCCAGCAAAACGCAUGGUGAAAAGUAAGCAAUCAAAAAUGGAAUCCGUAUCCGGUUAAUAGAAGAGACUCUAUACUUAGUAGAAAGCGAGCGUUUGUAAGUAAAUCAAAGGUAAAAACAUUAUGUAAAACCAAGGGAAGAAGUGGAUACGAAACACGGUAAUUACUAGUAGUGUCCUAGCGAAUAGUAAUAUUAUUUUGAUUAUACUGUAAGCAUAUUACGAUUAACUCCCAACUUCUUUGAUAUAUGAUAAGCAGCAUGAGUUCAAGGCGCGGAUAAUAAUAAAA